AUGGGAGACUCUCUGGUCGAAAGACACUCCGCUGCCCUAAAGAUCAUCCAUGAUUUGGCAUCGUUGCUCAAUGACGUGCCGCCGUCGGGGGAUAUUUCGCGUGCUCAGGCCGAUUACGAUGCUGCAGAAGAGCGACACAGCCGUGAACAGAAUCCAGAGAGGAAAAGGGCACUAUGCAGGGAACUGGUCCAGUAUGGAGAUCGUUUAGAAGAGGUGCAAGAGCAGCACAAAGCAGCCGAAGCAAAGCGCAAGGAACAGCUGGACCUCUUUAACUCCAGAUUAUUCAGAGAAGGCUAUCAGAAGCUCGCUACCAAUACUGACCUCGAGAAUGAUCGAGGAACGAACCAGACCUCUGAAACGCCAGAAAAUCUUAUCCAAACUUCAGAUCCCAGGUGUAGUCAAUCAUCGGGCAUCUCCAACGACCGAGCACAUGAGACUAACGAAUCGCCGGGCAAUCUUCCCCGAGCCACCGUCAUUCGAAAAACAAUUGAGCCCAGAUCGACCCCUUCGCAUACACACAGCGCAACUCCAUCAAGGGGCUUCUCGACAGACGUCGAUCUGCAAGUGGGAAUUGAACCGGCUGGUCAAACAACCCCGUCAAAUCAGAGACGUGACAAUGCUUCCAUGUCUCGACCUGCGAAGCGCCAGCGACAGAGCGCCUCAAGUGAGACUGUUACGGAAAGAACAAUCACCUUUGAGGAGGUUUAUCAAGGUGGAAAAGCUCGAUGGAAAUACAGAAUUGUCAAGAUCCAUGGGAUUUUCUAUAUUUUUGGAUGCAAGAAGCAUGAGAAACAUUUCUGCAAAGAGAACCCGCUUCAAGCUGCCAUGAGUCAUCUCAAAGGCAAAGGACAUUCUACUAAGAAGUCGAAUGCCACUCAGGCGCUUAGAUCCCUUGGGACUCAAGUCUUGGAGUGCACCGACGCAGAUCUCGCCCUGAACAACAAAGCUGCAGAUUGUUACUUGGCAGAGCAGGAGAAGAAAAAGGAGCGUCGCAAUGCUUCUACCAAGGACUUGGCACAAGCUCCCAGGACUGGUGAGAUAUACAUGGCUUGGUGGGGUGACGAUGACAAGGGCUAUUGCCUGCACGCCUUUUUGGUCAUCCCGUUCUUCCCGCGGCCUGGCGAUGGUAUGGACAUACAAUCUGUUACCAAGUCAGACCUCAAUGUCGAUAUUCCCGCUUGUUACAAGUUGAACGAGACCACCGGUAGGUACGACUGGGCUGAGGGCUAUGAGAAACAUGGCAAAUACGCCAAUAAUAGGGAAUAUCCAAUUAUGUGCCUGGCUGGGAAAAUCCCGCACAAGGUCGAUUGGCUUCCAGUCUGCCACUUUCGAAAGCUCGAUCUUGAAGACCAGGAUCUUGAGGACAAGGACGUUAUCAGGGGGUUUAUCCGCAAGAGAGGGGCAGGGCUUGGAAACGAGGUUGAAGAUGAUGAAAGUGAAAAUCUGUACGGAGACCGUGCUGCUGGCGAUAAUAAUGCACCAAUCUCGAGCUGGUAUAGAAAGUCUCCCGCAGGCGUUACUUAUGAGAGCGUCAUGGCAUAUCAAAAUAGCGUAGCGCCAGAGAACCAGGACAGAAGGCGACCUGGGCUGAACCUCUCGACGCGAGAGGUAAAGCAUGAACCCACGACUAUAGGACGCGGAGAUGAGGCUACAGGACGGGUACGCCAGCCAUCUGUUCGUCAAAGGUGGCCAUUGGCACGAAAAAAUGCUCCCGAGAUGGAAACUUUAGAAGACAGUGACAGCGAAUGA